AUGCAUGUAGCUAUAGGCUUUCACCCGAAAAAGGCCUCCCAAACCCCUGCUUUGCGGGAGCAAAAUCUCAUAGCCUUCAGGACGUUGGUUCAAGAUUCCCAUGUCAGCGCCAUCGGAGAGGUUGGUCUUGAUUUUUCAGAGUCCUCCCAUGUCUGGCAGGAUCAGGAAGAUCUGCUCAAUGAUCUACUGCCCUCAGAAAUUGACAGCAAGGUGUUAGUGUUGCAUUGCCUUGGAAUGGGUAGUGGUGACUCUGUGUAUGCCAUCAGGCAUCUGUUAUCAAUCCUACAAAGGAAUAACAUCCCAGAGCAUCAGCCCAUCAAUUUCCACUGUUUUACAGGGAACAAGCUCAUGGAGAUGUGGCUGCCUGUUUAUUACAACACAUACUUUGGCUUCACCAGGCUGGUGAAAACUUACAACAAAUCCUAG